UUCAGAAAUACCCACAGAGACGCCCACAGGAAACACACACACAAACACACACAGACACACACACACACACACACACACAGACACACACACAGACUCUGCAGCAGUGUGUCAGCAGCUGUCUGCUCGUCUCUCAGUCAUGUUAUCCUUGGCUGCCCUCGCGCUCCGUCUCCCAGCCUCUGGUUGCCAAGGAAGAAGGCGAUCCAUCGCAACUGUCGUCUCAGGGAACAGGACGUCCAAGUUGGUGAGGGAGCGACUGCAGAAGGAGGUGGAGAAGAUGAGGAGUCAGUUCUCGGGGUUCAGACCUGGUCUGGUGAUUCUGCAGGUGGGCGACAGAGACGACUCUAAUCUGUACAUCAGCUCCAAACUGAAGGCUGCAGCCGAGAUCGGAAUCGAUGCGAGACACCUGCGGCUGCCGAACACGGCGACACAGAACGAGGUUCUGCAGAACAUCCUGUCAGCCAACGACAACGUGUCCGUCCACGGUCUGAUCGUCCAGCUUCCUCUGGACUCUGUGAACCGCAUCGACACGCAACUCAUCACCAACGCCAUCUCUCCGGAGAAGGACGUGGACGGUCUGAGCUGUAUCAAUGCAGGGAAGUUGUCUCGAGGAGAUCUGAAGGACUGCUUCCUCCCCUGCACCCCGUACGGCUGCAUGGAGCUCAUCAGACAGACAGGCGUGUCUGUGGCGGGGAAACACGCCGUGGUGAUUGGCCGCAGUAAGAUCGUCGGGGCGCCGAUGCACGACCUGCUGCUGUGGAACCACGCCACCGUGACCACCUGUCAUUCACAGACCCGCGACUUGCCCCAACAGGUGGCCCGGGCUGAUAUCCUGGUGGUGGGGGCGGGCAGAGCUGAGAUGGUGAGAGGUGAUUGGCUGAAGCAGGGAGCCAUGGUCAUUGACUGUGGAAUCAACCACGUACCAGACGAGACGAAGGCAAGCGGUAAACGGGUCGUCGGAGAUGUCCACUACGCCUCGGCCAAUCAGAGAGCAGGAUUCAUCACACCUGUUCCAGGAGGGGUGGGGCCGAUGACAGUGGCCAUGCUCAUGCAGAACACGGUGCAGAGCGCUCAGCGUUUCCUCCGGAACCAGAAACACUGAAGGUGAAACUUUCUGUCUAAUAUCAGAAGAAUAAG